AUGUCAAGUCACUUUCUGGGCGCCCUGGUUGAGUUUCUUGUAGAAAAAGGUUUCAAACGGCCUGGAAAGAUCACCAAGCGAAAUCAUGAAGAACAGAAUGUUAUAAAGUUCGGGAGUUGUGAUAAGGGAAAAACAAAAAACAGAGACACUUCAAAAGAGAACAACGUGGAUAAAACGAGUUCGGAAAUCACUCGAAAGUCUUCCUUUGCUUUGAUUGGAAUGCGAUCAGUAUUACGUAAUAUGCAAAGGAAUAUACUGUCAGCAGUAUUCUUUGACGCAGUCAUAAUCAAGCCAUCGUCGGUUACAACUACUUUGGGGCUAUACGCUACCAGCCUACAGAAUACAAAAGUAUACGCAAUCUCUGGUCUAAAUACUACUCUUUCAACAGCUCUCAAUAUACCAAUGGUAGGAGCUGUAGGAUUGAUGAACAUACCCGCCACCGAAGAACUUUGCCACUUGGCAGCCCACUCAUUUAACAGUGUCAGCAUUUCAAACAAAAGGGAAAUGGUGAAGUCAAUAUUCGAAAAUUAUGUGUCACCACGAGUCGUACUGGAAAGAAUUAAUCCAACAACUGGAUUUGGUUUAGUUCCAAAUUGCGAUAAAAUGAUUCGAUUACAUCCAUUUAACAGACUCCAAAAGUAUCGGCACGGCGAACAGUCUUUACCUGACCCAAGGAAAUUGUGUCCUGAAAUGUUGCAAGUCAACGAUGAAACUUUCAGUUUGCUCGAAUCUGUUGAUGCCAUCGAAUUAGGCGAAUUCGUUGCUUUUAUCGGAAAAAUUUUGGUAGGAAGUGAGUGUUAUCUACUGGUUGCUGUUGAAUGCACUCCAGUAGCCACAUAUCCUUGCACGAAUGAUACAAUCAGUCACAUUGAUAGAGUCAUUGCCAUACCAGUAGAGAAAAAUGGUCUGCCUUGUAAGCCGGUUAUAUCUCCCUCGAAAUUAGAAAAGAUUAAAAUGUCGCAGAAGAAGGUAAUGCACUUUGUUACGAGAAAAGGAAAUUCUGUUCAAUUGAUCGAUGAAAUUCUGCGACUUUUUAAUGGUGGCGAUUUCUAUAUUUGUUUCAAAAGAGAUAUCACAUUAAACAUUCAAAGCAACUUUUCAACAAAACGCACAAAUAAGUGGUUUUUUUGGAACUAUGCUUUGCUUUCUGAUCUCUUUAACGAUGAGGGCUCACCUCAUCCAGGAACUGAGGAAUGGAUCAUUCCAGUAUGUCAAGGCUUCAUCGCUGAAAGGAAGAUAUUAGUAGAGGCUGAAACGAAGUUGACAUUAACACUGAUAUCAAGGCGAUCUAUAAAUUGUGCUGGUGUACGGUAUCUGAGACGAGGUAUCGAUGAAGAUGGUCAUGUUGCCAAUUUUGUGGAGACUGAAGUGGUGCUAACAAUUUAUGGCCACUGUCUCUCUUUUAUUCAAAUACGAGGAUCUGUUCCAGUUUUCUGGACUCAACAAGGCUACCGUUAUCGUCCACCACUUGUGAUAAGCAAAACGUUCACUGAUUCUUACCCAGCCUUCAAUAAGCACAUUACGAAAAUGAUAGAAACUUAUGGCGCACCUUUAACUAUUAUUAAUUUAGUGGAACAAAGAGGAAGAGAAAUGCAGCUUGCAUUGAGCUUUCUGCAACAUAUCCUUCACAUGAAUUCACCAGAUGUUGCCUAUUUCACAUACGAUUUUCAUUUCCGGUGUCGAGGACUUCGCUUCCACAAGGUUGCGGAAUUGAUCUCAGCAUUGACUGAGCAAAUUUCUACUAUAGGUUUUUGCUGGGUUGAUAAAUGUGGUGAAAUAGUACGUCAGCAACAAGGUGUUAUCCGAACAAAUUGUGUAGAUUGUCUGGAUAGGACGAACGUUGUACAGUGCGCGAUAUCACAAGAGUUAUGCCUUGUCCAAGCACAGAAACUCGGCAUUGUUGGCCCUCAAGCAGAUGCACCGCUUGAACUUAUUCAAGCAUUACAAACAAUGUGGGCGGAUAAUGGUGAUGCCAUUUCAAGGCAGUAUGCUGGAACGGAUGCCUUAAAAGGAGAUAUUACGCGAAGUGGUCAACGGAAUUUGGUGGGUAUGGUUAAGGACGGGUACAAUUCAGCUUCACGGUACUAUCUGUCUCAUAUGAGAGAUGCACAGCGACAGCUUGCAGUUGAUACUCUCCUGGGAAAAUCCUUAGAUAUAGGCGAAUCACAAGACGAAAAGUUUGAAGGUGAAGAAGAUGAAGAAGAAGUUGAAAGUAUAGGUCGAUUGGUCCGCGAGGCAAUCCUUUUUAUUCUUCCUGAGAAAGAGAUACUCGUUGGUGGAUGGGCUUUGAUUGAAGGAUCAAAUAAUACUGAUCAAAUUGAUAGCGUCUUGGUGUUGACAAAAACAACUCUAAUAGCAGCUUCCUAUGAUGAUGAUACGAAGCUUUCGGAUGUGAAACAUAUCAGUUUCGAUGAAAUUAGAGGCUUAGAAUACGGCCAGUUGAGCAGAUCAUCGAGAACUCAUCUAAGAUUAUGCUCAAAAUCAGGUCAACAGUUUACCUGGAGAGCAGCAAAAACACGUUUGUUCAACAAUGUUGCAAUUUUACUGAGGACGGAAGACGAAGCGGAUGAGUAUAUUCAAGCAAUUGGUGAGCAGAUAAAGGUGACGAUGGCGUUGGCUGGAUAUGUUGUCAGUUUUUCUUAUGUUCCAGUAUUGAAGAAGCCUGGAAGAACUGAUAAAAACAAGAGGAGAAUGAUGAACAUGGUGGCAUCGGUUUUCCGAUCUCGGGCUGAUUGUUCUACAAGACCAAAAUUUGAACACAUCACUUUCUCGAAGCUAGAUAAUGGCACUGAUGAUGCAGUAAUAUCCUCUGUGGAGAAAAAUAUACAUGCUGCAGACGGCAUAAUUUCAAUUAUGAAUCGUACUUCACCCGAUGAUUCUGCUACGAUUUCUUCAGAAUCUGAGAUUUCCAAAGUGAGUGGAAAAAAGAACGAUCGAUCGCAAAAAAAGCAAAAUUUGCUUGAAGUAUCGAUUAAUUGA